CGAAGGGAAGGCAGCCGCCGGCUCAAGCUCCAUGGAGCAACAACCAAGCUCUAGCAGAAAAGGGAAAAGAAAGGCACAAGAAAGAGAUCUAAAGAGCUAUUUUAGUCCAUUCGGAUCCAGUAGCACAAACCCAAGCACUCAUGGAAGUGAAGUUGGUAAUGCUAUAAUAGAGGAGGAAGAGGUGGUGGAAACUCAUUUGGAGGACACCAAUACCAUAGGCCAACAGCCAGGUAGCAAUGAAAAUGAUCAAGGUACAAUAACUGAGUUCAAUCCGGAUUAUAUCAUUUCUGAUCCGGGGCUUCGGAUUCCAAUUGAGCAAUUUAGUCCUAAUAUUAGAGAUGAAAUUAGGAGGGCUUUCAUGGAACGAGGUCCAACUCAACCUAGUAGUCAUGUUUUUCCUAGAGGAGAAGAUAAAAGGCGCUUUCGAAAAGAAUGGUUUGAGAAAUAUAAUUGGCUGGAAUAUAGCUUGGUGAAUGGUAAGGCUUAUUGCUUUUGUUGUUAUCUUUUUAGAAGAGUUGGUGUAGAUGAUGACAAAUUUGGUUAUGAGGCCUUUACAAAAGAAGGCUUUAGGCAAUGGAAGAAUGCCUACUUAGCACUCCCUAAACAUGUUGGUGGCCCUAAUAGUGCUCAUAAUAGAUCAAGAGCGGCAUUUGAUGAUUUUGAUAAUCAAAGGGCAAGUGUAAAGGAGAAAAUUGUAGUUCAUACCAAAGAGGCAGAAAAGAAGUAUGAAACCCGUGUAGAUACAUCUUUGGCUAUUGUAAGUUAUAUUGCCUUGCAAGGUGAACCGUUCCGUGGACAUGAUGAAUCAGAAACUUCAUUGAACAAAGGCAACUUUCUAGAAUUUCUUGAUUGGUACAAACUAAGAAAUGAGGAAGUGAGGCAGGCAUUUGAAUUUGCUUGUCCUAAAAAUGCUAAAAUGACUUCUGGAACAAUUCAGAAAGAACUUGCCGAGUGUUGUGCUCAAGCUGUUACCAAAGUCAUAAAAGAAGAGAUGAGUGGUUGUUUAUUCUCUAUUCUUGUUGAUGAAUCUCGUGAUAUAUCAGUCAAAGAGCAAAUGGCCAUAAUAGUCAGGUAUGUGAAUAAAAAAGGGCAAGUAGUUGAAAGAUUUUUGGGUAUCAAGCAUGUCAAGCUAACUACAUCAAAAGCAUUAAAGAGAGCAAUAGUGGAGGUUCUUAGUGCCCAUGGUUUAACUAUUGCAAAAAUACGAGGCCAAGGGUAUGAUGGAGCUUCUAAUAUGAGAGGUGAAUUCAAUGGUGUUCAAAAACUAAUUCGUGAUGAGAACCCAUAUGCUUUCUAUAUCCAUUGUUUUGCUCACCAAUUGCAGUUGGUAGUUGUUUCGGUUUCAAAGUGUUGUUCAUCUAUAGAGGAUUUCUUUGACUAUGUGAACAUGAUUGUGAGCAGCACUAGUGCAUCUUGUAAGAGGAAGGAUUUAUUGAUUGAUAGUCAUCAUACAAUUGUUUUGAAUAAGUUGGAGAGUGGAGAUAUUUCAUCAGGUAGAGGACAACAUCAAGAAACAUCAUUGCCUAGGCCUGGAGAUACAAGAUGGGGAUCUCACUACAGGACAUUUCUUCGUAUUGAAACAAUGUGGGACUCAAUAAUAGAAGUUCUGCAAGUGGUGCAUGAUGAGGAACGUAAUCCAUCAAGGGCAGGGGGAAGAAGGAUCAAAAUAUUGUUGAGGCCAUGUCUUUGGUUAUUGACGUGAAAACACGUUUGAACAAUUUGAGAAGCGAAGGUUAUGAGCCACUACUUGAAGAAGUCAAAACAUUUUGCUAAGAAAAUGAUAUCCCAAUACCAAAUAUGGAAGAUAGUGUACCAAGAUUUGGUAGAUCAAGGAAAGGAGGGAGAAACAACAUCACUCAAGAUCAUUACUUUCGUGUUGAUACCUUCUUUGCUACCAUAGAUGCUAUCACAACAGAGUUUGAUCAUCGAUUCAGUGAGGUAUCAUCGGAAUUACUUACUUGCUUUGCUUGCCUUGAUCCUAGAGAUUCAUUCUCUAACUUUGAUGUGAAUAAACUUGCUCGCCUCACGGAUAUAUAUUUGGAUGAUUUUUCUUUUGAUGACCGGAAAAGAAUAAAAGACCAGUUAGAAACCUUCAUUAUUCAUGUUAGAAGAGUUGAGGCAUUCAGAGCUUGUUAUGACCUUGCAAGCCUAGCAAUGAAAAUGGUUGAACUUAAGAGGCAUGAAAUAUUUCCCUUGGUUUAUCGCCUAAUUGAGCUGGCAUUGCUGCUACCAGUAGCAACUGCAUCAGUUGAAAGAGCCUUUUCAGCCAUGAAGAUUAUUAAAACUGAGUUGCGGAACAAGAUGUCCGAUGGUUGGCUUAAUGACUUGAUGGUGGUGUAUAUUGAGCGGGAGAUAUUUAAAGGAAUUGAUCUUGAAUCUAUCAAGAAGGCUUUUCAGAAGAAAAAA